ACCAGUCAAAUACCAUGGUACCUGAAAAGCGCGGUAAAUAUGCAAUCAAAUUGCGCUAAAAUAUGGUUUUAAAGUGCAAGUUUACGAAAUAUUUCCACAGAAGAACAUGCAGAAAAAGAGAGAAUUUUUUGAAUAGAUUGCUGUUAUAUUAAAACUUCAAUUUUCAGGGUUAGGAGAAUAUUAGUAACAACAUUUUUGACCCAAUGCCCGCCUGAGUUUAACUGUCAACAGGUGUCUCACUUGAAUACGCAUGUGCAAAGCACGCUGACGUUAAAAUAAUACAAGCUAAUUUCUUCAGUGAGUUAAUUCAGAGAUAUUUUCACCGUUGAAUUUUUGGAGGAGAUUUCCAAAAAAGAUUUGGAUCAUUCAAGGAGAAAAACUUUGUCUUCUUUAGGGAAGAGUGUUCUUCCGGCGGCAAAAAGCCAGCUGCCUUGGCGCGCGAGGGUUCCGCUAAUAACAUCAACACACCGAGUCAACGGAGCGUGGUGAGGUAAACUUCUCGAAUGGCAGGCUUAACACGAUGCUUAACCAGGAGGAAAAGAGUUAUUCAGGACGAGAAAGCAAACACUGAAUUAUCCAAAUGUCUUACCACAUGGGACUUAACAUCCCUUGGAAUUGGAGCGACCUUGGGCGCGGGAAUUUACGUUGUGUCGGGACAAGUGGCGGCCAGUAUCGCGGGACCGGCAGUGAUAAUAUCCUUUGCUCUGGCAGCAAUAACAUCAAUUCUCUCGGGUCUGUGUUACGCUGAAUUCGGCGCACGUGUUCCAAAGACUACGGGAUCAGCUUACGCUUACAGUUAUGUGACCGUCGGUGAAAUAUGGGCUUUUAUCAUCGGCUGGAACUUGAUUCUGGAAUAUAUGAUCGGUACAGCUGCCGAUGCUCGGGCGUUAAGCGCUUGUUUCGAUUAUGUUAUUGGAAAUGUGAUAAGGAAUUUAACACUAACUUACAUCGGAGAGAUAAAUACACCUGGUCUUGGUACAUAUCCAGACGUGCUAUCGUUUAUCGUCACCAUCAUUGUAACGGUUGUAUUGGCGAUUGGCGUCAAACAGUCUUCAGCAUUUAGCACGGUUUUUAACAUUUUAAACAUUUUAGUCGUGAUUUUCAUUGUGGCAGCAGGGAUAUUUUUCGUUGAUACGAGAAACUGGACGGAAGGAAAAGGAUUUUUCCCGUAUGGAGCUUCAGGAGUAUUAAGUGGGGCAGCGACUUGCUUUUACGCGUAUGUUGGUUUCGAUAUAAUAGCUACAACGGGUGAGGAAGCUAAAAACGCUCCGAAAUCGAUACCUGUUGCAAUUGUCGUGUCACUAGUUGUUAUUUUCGUGUGUUACUUUGGAGUUUCUGCUGUGGUAACAUUGAUGAUUCCGUACGAUCAAUUGGACAAGCUUUCGCCAAUUCCUAACGCGUUUGUGCAGAGAGGAUUUCCUCUCGCUAAAUAUAUCAUAGGUGUGGGCGCGGUUUGUGGCCUGUCCUCGAGCCUCUUAGGCUCUCAAUUUCCCCUUCCAAGGAUCAUUUAUGCCAUGGCCUCAGACGGAUUGUUCUUUAAAUCAUUCGCUAGCGUGAACCCUAGAACUGAGGUCCCUGUUGUUGCUACGGUGUACCCAGGACUUCUAACGGCCGUCAUUGCUUUACUGUUUGACCUAAGCGAGUUAGUCGAGAUGAUGUCUAUUGGGACAUUACUUGCGUACACUUUAGUGUCCCUUUGCGUUUUGAUCCUUCGCUACCAGCCCGAUGUUCCCGAGGACCCCUCCUCGAUGCCCCUGUUAUACCUUGAGGAAGACAAAGAGGAUGCCUAUGGAAACCUUUCGUUGUACGAUGAUUACGCACAGGACGAAUGGGACUACGAGAUUUCUACAAAUGGAAAGAUACACAGUCCAGAAGCUCUGAAAAACUGGAUAGAAAAUUCAGACGAAGAUCUAUUUCGAGACGAAUUUACAAAAACGAAAAGAACACACGAGGGACUACUAAAAAAUAGAACGAGGCAAGGUCCCACAGCGGAAAGCUUCCGCAUAGUGAAUUGGGCAGUAGCCUUAUUGUUUAUCUCGUUCAUAGGAUUUUGUACAGCAAUUGUUUAUGGCUUGGAUGCUCUGCAGAGACACAGUUACGUCAUUAUCAUGUUCCUUGGCAUUUUUGGAAUCCUUAGCGUGUUCGCCAUUAUUGUGAUCUGUCUGCAGCCUCAAAAUACCAAGGAGAUAUCGUUCAAGGCGCCUUUUGUGCCGGCUCUGCCAAUCCUUGCCAUCUUUUUUAACGUGUUGCUGAUGUUGAAGCUCUCUAGACUUACUUGGAUCCGGUUUGGAGUGUGGAUGGGCUUAGGCACGUUGUUAUAUCUUGGUUACAGCCUCUGGAAUAGCGAAGAAAGAUACAGAACGCCUCAAGGACAGCUGAAAUUUGACAGACAAGUUCUUCUGGCCGACAACUUGGACAGUGUGGACAUUGAGUAUGAAAUGGAAACAAUUCCGGCCCAUAGAAACGACAUGGACAUUUUUCCACCCAGUCCGUUCAAAUGGGACAGCUUAUAAAUAUUCAAAAAGAUCUCAGUAUAAGGGGUAUAAUUUUGCUGUGUUUCGCUUCUGGCGAAUCCUUUUAUCCUCUUUAACACGCGACUUGAAAAAAUCGAUAAACAAAUGUCUCGAUGAAUACGUUUUUUAUACUUUGAGAACCGGCGCCUAAAUUCGGGCGGUUGUAAUAUUGAAAUGUAGCUGUAGACGGAAGGGGGGGA